AUGUACAAAGAGACUGUCACCACCAUUAGCCAGCUCACCUUCAGCACCCUUGCUACCACCUUGACCACUUGGCAGUCAGCAAUUGAGAGUAACCCCACUCAGAGGGUUGAUCCCCACCAAGCCAGCACCAGAGUCACCAGCAGCGACAACCAGGAUGAGUCAACCAGAAAGGACAAGAAAGACAAGAAGGAUGAAGACUGCACCAGUGCCAAAGUUGCUGCUAGGCCCCAAAGGAUUCAAUGCUGGAUCUGCAAACAAUCUGGACAUGGAAUCAAUCAGUGCAAUGCCUUGGUAACCAUUCCUGAGAACUCCUCCCUUGCCAAGUCCAAAUAG